ACGAAGCUUCCACUCUGUCACGGCAUCUGCGAGUGGUGCUCGCAGCGAAAGGAUUCAGACUCACCAAAUGGAUGAGCAAUGACAAGGAAGUGCUCGCCUCAAUACCAGUACAAGAAAGGCAUGCAGAAGUGAAGGAGAUCGACUUCAGUCACAAGACACUGCCGACAGAGAGGGCCUUAGGAGUUCGAUGGGACCUACAAGCUGACCAACUGGCUAUUAGCGCCAACCCAGGAAGCAAACUCGCAACGAAGCGUGGGUUACUAAGCGUAGUCAGCUCGGUUUACGAUCCGCUGGGAAUUGUGAGCCCCUAUACUAUUCGAGCAAAGAUGAUAUUCCAAGAUGAGUGCAGAAGACAAAAGGAUUGGGAUGAGCCUCUGACAGAAGGGAAUAGGAGAGAAUGGGACCUAUGGAAGAGCGGACUGAAGGAACUCGCUCAUCUGAGCAUUUCUCGCUGCUACACGCGAGAUAUGUCGGAAACCACAAAUCCUGCACAGCUUCACCAUUUUUGUGACGCGUCCCAGAAGGCAUAUGGAAUCGUUUCCUAUUUGCGAUUUGCCGGCUCUAACGGUGUCCAUUGUGCAUUUGUGUGUGGCAAGGCUAAGCUAGCCCCUUUGAAGCAACAAACCAUACCAAGGUUGGAGUUGUGUGCAGCAGUUCUGGCCGUUAAGAUGGACCAGUACCUACAAAGGGAGCUUGAUACACGGGUUCAGAAAUCGAUCUUUUGGACUGACAGCAUGUUAGUGCUCCAGUACAUAGCAAAUACAGAGAGACGCUUUCGCACAUUUGUGGCCAAUAGGGUGUCAAUCAUCAGGGAUACAUCUGAUCCGAGUCAAUGGCGACAUGUGCCGACGGCGCUGAACCCGGCUGAUGAUGCCACAAGAGGUCUGUCGGCAUCAGAGAUGACUCAACAGAGCAGAUGGUUAACGGGGCCACCGUUUCUGUGGUUGGAAGAAAGCCAAUGGCCUGACCGGCCUCUGUUACCUGCCGACCUGGUGUCUGACCCGGAAGUCAUAAGCUGCUCAACUGCCACGGGCACUCACAGGUCGGACGUUCCAACAGAAGGUAAAGAUCUGGGAUUGUUGUGGACACACUAUUCUUCUUGGUAUCGCCUGCAAAAGGGCGUUGCAUGGAUUAAGAAGUUCAUUGAAUGGUUACAAAGAAAACCUGAUGAUCGACCUUCACCGUCACCACUCACGGUUCCCCAGCUACGCCAGGCAAAGACUGCCAUCCUUCGGAAGGUGCAACAGGAGCACUAUGCCGCUGAACUUGAGACCCUGCAACACGGUGCGCCCAUUACACGAAAGAGCACGAUAUACACUCUAGAACCCUGGCUUGAUAAAGAAGGCCUGCUGAGAGUAGGGGGCCGCCUAUCCAGUGGUCACCUCAAGACUCAGGACGAUCCCAUCCUGUUACCUCGAGAGCAUCCAGUGACGGAACUCAUCAUACGAGAGGUACAUCAAACGGUGGCUGGCCAUUCGGGACGGGAACACACCGUGGCAUUAGUGCGGCAAAACUACUGGGUGCCACAGAUCAGACGAAAGGUUGAUACAAUAUUGCGGCGCUGCUUCGUGUGUCGACGGAACAACUGGAAGACCCCUCACCAGAGGCAAGCUCCCUUGCCAGAGGAGCGAGUAACACCAGGAGCGGCUCCAUUCUCCUCCACGGGUGUAGACUGUUUUGGACCGUUCUUAGUUAAACAAGGCCGAGGCCGCGCGCCAUUGAAGCGCUGGGGAUGUAUCUUCACUUGUAUGGCAACAAGGGCAGUUCACUUAGAAGUCUUGAUGUCAAUGGACGCAGAUGCUUUCCUUAACGCCUUGACCAGGUUCUCUGCGCGACGGGGAGUACCAACGCGUCUUCGAUCUGACAAUGGGACAAACAUGACCGCCGCUGAAAGGGAACUUAGAGCCGUUGCACAGACUUGGAGUGAAGAUGAUCAUGUGCGCGCCACACUCCUUACGAGGCAUAUUGAGUGGACCUUCCAUCCCCCUCAGGCGUCUCAUAUGGGAGGAAUAUGGGAGCGGCAAAUCAGAACUGUUCGUAAGGUCCUUCGUGCCAUCGUGGGUUCGCAAGUCCUAGAUGAUGAACGACUCCAUACCUUCUUCUGUGAAGCUGAGGCCGUGAUCAACAGCCGCCCCCUCACACCAGCAUCGGAGGAUCCUUGUGAUCUGGAAGCGCUGACCCCAAACCAUAUCCUGCGCGCUGGGACGCACUGCAGCCCACCGCUGGGAGGCGCAUCGACCGAAGAGCAGUUCCGCAAGAGGUGGAAACAUGUACAGUACCUCGCGGAUCAGUUUUGGAAGCGUUGGUUAAAGGAAUACUUACCGCGCCUACGCCUGAGGUCGGGUCCUAUUAAGGAGCGCAGGAACUUCAAGAGAGGGGACCUGGUCAUUGUGGCCAGUGAAGGGGUCCCUCGAAAUCAGUGGAAACUGGGCAGAAUAGUGCACGUGAAGCCUGGGACUGACGGCAUUGUUCGGCAGGUUAAAGUAAGAACAGCACGGAAUGUGCUAGUGAGGCCAGUAACUAAACUCUGUUUCCUAGAAGGUCUGGAUAGGAACUAGUUCUCUUGGUGUCUUCCCGCUUGUGUUUUGUUCGUAGUUUCUAGGUUUUCUGUUCCGGCCCAUGGUGCGAGCACACUGUCCUGUUACUGCACUUUACUGGCGCGCCUUUUUGUCUUUGCUGGUUUCUGAUUUGGUUUGGUUGGGCGUGCGUGCCCGCCCAAAGGGGGGAGUUUUACAGCCCGCUAGCGAAGCCCAUACGUAAGUGAAGGUUAAGAAAGAAAGGAAGGAAAUGGAAGAUAGAGAAAAGGGAGAAGGAGUAAGGGAGGCGACUCACACGGGUAAUAAAUCUCUCCGAAGUGUUAUGACCAGUCAGCAGGGCCUCCCGAUAGGACAAGGAACGCCACAAGAAGUGCCCUGGUAUGGUUGGGGUCAUGAUCUACAUGACCUACAGCGGAGGCGCUACAGGGAGGAUAGUCGAGG